AUGGAUGAAGACCAGGUCAUGAGCGAUGCCAGUGACGCAUUCGACUCCUUCGCCUCGAACUCAAAGUCGAAAGGGAAAUUCGUCGAAUCCAACGCCGCUACUGAUGAGAACUUGCCAUGGGUCGAGAAAUACCGACCAGUGACACUGGACGACCUCGUUUCGCACAAGGAUAUUACCUCCACGAUUGAGCGGUUCAUUGACGAGAACAGGCUCCCACACAUGCUUUUCUACGGGCCUCCAGGAACAGGCAAAACUUCGACGAUCUUGGCAUGUGCGCGCCAACUGUACGGACCUAUGUGGAAGAGCAUGACUAUGGAGCUCAAUGCAUCCGACGACCGUGGAAUUGAUGUGGUUCGUGAGCAGAUCAAGAACUUUGCGAGCACAAAGAAGAUCUUCAGUUCGGGAUUCAAGCUGAUCAUUUUGGACGAGGCCGAUAUGAUGACCCAGACUGCUCAGAACGCCCUGCGUCGAGUCGUGGAAAAAUACACGCGGAAUGUGCGAUUCUGCAUUAUUUGUAACUACGUGAGUAAGAUCAUCCCUGCGUUGCAGUCAAGGUGUACACGUUUCAGAUUCGGACCCCUGGAGAUGAGUCAGGUCGACUCGCGCCUGGAUUUUAUCAUUCAAAACGAAGGUGUCAAGAUUACGCCCGAAGGACGAAAGGCGCUGCUCCAGUUGUCCAAGGGAGACAUGAGACGUGCACUUAACAUCAUGCAGGCCUGUCAUGCCGGUUACGACGUCGUGGACGAAGAUGCUGUUUACAACUGUACUGGAAAUCCACACCCAGCCGAUAUUGACACGAUUGUCAACAGCAUGCUCACGGAAGAUUUCACCACCGCUUACUCUAACAUUUCAUAUCUGAAGACGACGAAGGGAAUGGCAUUGCAGGAUAUUUUGACCGAAGUCUAUAACUAUCUGGAACUGGUCGACAUGCCUGCGAACUCGCGUGUCUAUCUUUUAGACAAGAUGGCCGAUGUCGAGUACAAAUUGUCGACAGGUGCAAACGAAAAGCUGCAGCUCACAUCGCUGGUCGGUUCUUUUCGAAUUGGAGCCGAGCUUAUGCAGAAGUAG